UGUCGUGUCGUGUCGUGUGAAUGAGUUUGUUUGGUGGGUGACAACAAAAGAGAGAAAAGAAGAGGGUGUGUGUGUGUGAGUGAAAUCGCAAGCAAUGGAAGAAACAAGUAGUGCAGAGAUUGAGAAGAUAGAUGAAUCAGUGUCGAGCGUGUUGGAAGAAGCGAAAGAGCUUCAGGAAUCAGUUUCCAAUCACAUCUCGAAGACGCUAAGCGAUGAGCAACCACUUCGCCAACGUGCCCUCGCUCUCGACUCCAAAAUCCACUCUCUUCGUUCUUCCCUCGAUUCUCUGCUCCACAACAAGCUCAUCAACCCUUCCGUAGCGGAUAAGUUGGAUGAGGAUUUGCAGCGAGCACGCUGCAUCGUCGUUGAUGGCGAUGCUUCUUCACUCCUUCCUGGCCAUGCUCAAGGAAGUUUUUUGAGGAUGUUUCUUGGCCCUAUUAAUGUGCGUGCCUCUAGGAAGGAUGUUCAGCUUAAGGUCAAAGAGGAAUACAACAGUUACAGGGAUAGAACUGCCCUGCUCUUCCUGCUAUUUCCAUCAAUACUGCUUAUUCUAAGAUCUUGGCUUUGGGAUGGAUGCUUGCCAGCUUUUCCUGUCCAGAUUUACCAGGCCUGGCUGCUAUUUCUUUACACUGGUUUGGCAUUGCGAGAGAACAUAUUGAGAGUCAAUGGAAGUGAUAUCCGACCAUGGUGGAUAUAUCACCAUUACUGUGCUAUGUUAAUGGCCCUUGUGAGUCUCACUUGGGAAAUUAAAGGACAACCAGAUUGUGCGAAAAAGCAGAGAGGCGUACAACUUUUCCUACAGUGGGCUAUGAUGCAGGGAGUUGCAAUGCUUUUGCAAAAUAGAUAUCAACGCCAAAGACUUUAUACUCGUAUUGCAUUGGGAAAGGCUAAAAGGAUGGAUGUUGUAUGGGGUGAAACAGCUGGUGUCGAUGGCCAACUGUGGUUGUUGUGUCCCGUACUUUUCAUAUUGCAGGGAUUCGAAGCAUAUAUCGGACUAUUAUUGCUCCGGACCGCAUUUGUUGGCGUUAUUUCUGAGUGGCAGGUCAUAUUUUGUGGUGUCCUGUUGGUCCUAAUGGCUAUUGGGAACUUUGCAAAUACUGUACAGACUCUGUUAGCAAAGUCUAGAUUUAAGGCAAAGAUGAGAAAAAGCAAGAGCAAGCAGAGACUGAAUUAGCAAGUUGUGGCGGCUUCUUGAGCUUUUGGUAGGAUCAGGAUUUUUUGCAGUUUUGACCACUGUGCAAGCUAUUGAUGAUUUUGGCUUUGCUGUAGCAUCAAUAAGGAUAAAAAUUUAGAUACAAUUUCCAUUGUCCACUUUUUUUGGGUUAGCAUUUCCUGUCUGUCACAGGUUGGUUGAAUCUUCUGAUCACCUCAAUGAUCUAUUUAGAUUAUUUUAAGUAUUUUGCAAACUUGAGAGUCCAAGUAAAUCAUUGGUUAAAAACCUUGUGAAGUAGGCCAAGAUUUAAACUAGAGAUGACAAAUUCGAGUCCUUUUCAUGGUAUGCUAUUUUUUUAUCCUAUUGUAUAACUUUCCAUAA